UCCGCCCCCCGGCACCUGCACGCGCCGCGGAGAGACCGGAGCUGAACGCAACACGUUAUUAGUGAACGACAGAGAGCGCACGGAAGAUCCGCUCCGGGGGAAACGGUGUUCGCGGACGGCUAGGCGGGCAUGUUUUCUAUCGUGAAACCUACUUAGAGUAUAAACUCGUUUAAAGACGCCACGACGCGUUUCCAGUGGCGUUUGCCUGCGUUUUAAGCACCGCGCGGAGAACCGAGCAGCGGGCGAGAGCGCGGAGCGCAGCGGGAGGAGAGUGCGCGCACACAGGGACACUCACGCGGGGCUCUACGCCCUGCCAGACAUGGCUGAUCGUCGGGGCGCAGGGGGGGUCUCCAAAAAGACGCUCGAUGCUCCCCACUGAAGAAGCAGAAGAUGAUGAUGAUGAUGAUGAUGAUGAUGAUGAGAAGCAGCUCUCCACAAUAAUGACCUAUCAUCCACUAAAGCCUCGGAACAUGGAUGUGAUUAUCCCCUACACCAGUGAUAUGCCCUGUGGGUCACAGAAGAUGUGGUGGGCUUUCCUCGCCUCCUCCAUGGUCACCUUCUUCGGGGGUCUCUUCAUCAUCCUCCUGUGGAGGACCCUUAAGUACCUGUGGACGGUGUGCUGCCACUGCAAGGGUAAAAAGAAGGACGUGCAGCGGGUCAGUAACCCGGUGGUCCUCAGUGACGGUGUGGUUAAAGUGGUGGGUCAGCGGGAGGCGGAGGCGGCGGUCACCGAGGUGGGAUGGAUGACCUCAGUGAAGGACUGGGCCGGGGUCAUGAUCUCUGCUCAGACGCUCACAGGACGUGUGCUGGUGGUGCUUGUCUUUGCUCUGAGCAUUGGAGCCCUUGUGAUUUACUUCAUCGACUCCUCCAAACCCAUCGAAUCCUGUCAGCAAUUCCACAAGGACUACACUCUGCAGAUCGACAUGGCCUUCAAUGUGUUUUUCCUCUUGUAUUUUGGACUGCGUUUCAUCGCAGCCAAUGAUAAGCUGUGGUUCUGGCUGGAGGUGAAUUCGGUGGUGGAUUUCUUCACCGUGCCGCCUGUGUUUGUGUCCGUGUAUCUGAACAGGAGCUGGCUGGGACUGAGGUUCUUAAGAGCCUUGAGGCUGAUCCAGUUUUCAGAAAUAUUACAGUUUUUAAACAUCUUAAAAACAAGCAACUCCAUAAAGUUGGUGAAUCUGUGCUCAAUCUUUAUAAGCACAUGGCUGACGGCUGCGGGCUUCAUACAUUUGGUGGAAAACUCAGGGGAUCCUUGGGAAAACUUCCAGAAUUCCCAACCGCUUUCCUACUGGGAGUGUGUGUACUUACUCAUGGUAACCAUGUCCACAGUGGGAUAUGGAGAUGUUUGUGCUAAAACAACCCUCGGACGCCUUUUCAUGGUCUUCUUCAUUCUCGGAGGAUUGGCCAUGUUUGCCAGCUACGUUCCUGAAAUCAUAGAGUUAAUAGGAAACCGCAAGAAAUAUGGUGGUUCCUAUAGCGCAGUGAAUGGGAGAAAGCAUAUAGUCGUCUGCGGUCACAUCACACUGGAGAGCGUCUCCAACUUCCUCAAAGACUUCCUACACAAGGACAGGGAUGAUGUCAAUGUAGAAAUCGUUUUUCUCCAUAAUAUUUCCCCUAAUCUUGAGCUGGAAGCCUUAUUCAAGAGACACUUCACACAGGUGGAGUUUUACCAGGGAUCUGUCCUCAACCCUCACGAUCUCGCUCGAGUUAAGAUUGAGUCGGCCGAUGCCUGUCUUAUCUUAGCCAAUAAAUACUGUGCAGAUCCUGACGCUGAAGAUGCAUCCAAUAUCAUGAGGGUGAUAUCCAUUAAAAACUAUCAUCCGAAGAUCCGAAUCAUCACACAGAUGCUGCAGUACCACAAUAAGGCUCAUCUUCUGAACAUCCCGAGCUGGAACUGGAAGGAAGGCGAUGACGCCAUCUGUCUCGCCGAGCUAAAGCUAGGCUUCAUCGCUCAGAGCUGUCUGGCACAGGGUCUGUCCACCAUGCUGGCCAACCUCUUCUCCAUGAGGUCCUACAUCAAGAUUGAAGAAGACACAUGGCAGAAGUAUUAUUUAGAGGGAGUAUCCAAUGAAAUGUACACGGAGUAUCUGUCCAGUGCUUUCGUGGGGUUGUCCUUCCCCGCUGUUUGUGAGCUCUGCUACGUGAAGCUGAAACUGCUGCUGAUCGCGAUUGAAUAUAAAUCAGACCAAAGAGAGAGCAGCACGCUAAUUAACCCAGGCAAUCAUGUGAAGAUGCAGGAAGGAACGCUGGGCUUCUUCAUCGCCAGUGAUGCCAAAGAGGUGAAGAGGGCACUUUUCUACUGUAAAGCUUGUCAUGAUGACAUUACAGACCCAAAACGGAUCAAAAAGUGUGGAUGCAAACGGACCAAGAAGUCUGCCUACAAGAGAAUGCGUCUGGCAUGUUGUGUAGCUUGCGGUGGGGCAGAACAUGGCUGCUCGUGCAUGUCAGACAGUGUGGCUAGUAACAUGGAGGUUCUGCAACGUGGCUUCCCCUUCUCUCCCGUGUCUCUGUAUGAUAACACGACCACUUUACGCUCGUCUAAAAGUAACUAUAAUGGAUACAUCAAAUCAAUAAAUGAUGAGAUCAAUCCAACAUUCCUGCCCCAGAAUCCCAAACCCAGCCUAAUGCGAGUUCAGUGUGCAGUGAGAGCGCCUCCUGCUGUCCCGGGUGUCCAUGUGUCAGUGCCUUUAGUAAAUAACCGUAAAGACAGUCUGCUGUCUCCGGCUGCCUUAUACCUGCACAGACUGAGUCUGGCCAGCUCUAGAGAGCUGUAUCAGAGCAGCAGCGCUGAUGCCACCCGCCUGCAUCGAGCCUGUAGUCUGCCUGUUAAAUACAGAUAUCAUUCCAGCCACAGCUCCAGCUCCAUCAUCGGCUCGCACACGCUCUUAGUGGAGGAGGAGCAGCAGUCGGCUCUGUCGCCCAAGAAAAAACAGCGUAACGGAGGGAUGAGAACGUCGCCCACAUGCUCGCCCAAAGUCAUCAGGCACGACCCCUUGUUGGUCCCAGGUCACGAUCAAAUGGAAACAAUGGAUGAGAACAUAAAGAGAUAUGAUUCGACAGGAAUGUUUCACUGGUGCCCAUCAAAAGACAUAGAGAAGGUCAUGCUGACUCGCAGCGAGGCGGCCAUGACGGUUCUGAGCGGUCACGUGGUGGUGUGUAUUUUCGGCGAUGUGAAGUCUGCUCUGAUUGGUCUGCGUAACCUGGUGAUGCCUCUGAGAGCCAGUAACUUCCACUAUCACGAGCUGAAGCCCAUCGUGUUCGUGGGCUCUCUGGAGUAUCUGAAGAGAGAGUGGGAGACACUACACAACUUCCCCAAAAUCUCCAUCUUACCCGGGACUCCACUGAGUCGGGCCGAUCUGAGAGCCGUCAACAUCAACCUGUGUGACAUGUGCGUCAUCCUCUCGGCCAAUCAGAACAACAUCGACGACGCCUCUCUGCAGGAUAAGGAGUGUAUUCUGGCGUCCCUCAACAUCAAGUCCAUGCAGUUUGAUGACAGUAUUGGACUCCUGCAGGCCAACUCUCAAGGUUUCACUCCUCCAGGAAUGGAUCGCUCGUCUCCAGAGAACAGUCCCGUACACGGAUUGGUGCGGCAGAUGUCCAUAACCACCGGAGCUAACAUUCCCAUCAUCACAGAGCUCGCUAAAACAGACAAGGUGCUGCCCCUGGUUUCUCUGAGCCAGGACAAGAGCAGUGGGAACAACAUCCCGAUGAUAACGGAGCUGGUGAACGACUCAAACGUCCAGUUUCUGGACCAGGAUGAUGACGAUGACCCCGACACGGAGCUGUACCUCACGCAGCCGUUCGCCUGUGGGACAGCGUUCGCCGUCAGUGUGCUGGAUUCAUUAAUGAGUGCCACGUACUUCAAUGACAAUAUUCUGACUCUGAUCCGGACGCUGGUGACCGGUGGAGCGACGCCGGAGCUGGAGGGUCUGCUGGCGGAGGAGAACGCACUGCGUGGAGGAUACAGCACACCGCAGACACUGGCCAACAGAGACCGAUGCCGCGUGGCACAGCUGGCGCUUUACGACGGACCCUUCGCUGAUCUCGGGGAUGGGGGAUGUUAUGGGGAUUUAUUCUGUAAAGCGUUGAAGACGUACAACAUGUUGUGCUUUGGGAUCUACCGAUUAAGAGACGCACAUCUGGGAGCACCCAGCCAGUGCAACAAACGAUACGUGAUCACGAAUCCUCCGUACGUCUUCGAGCUGGUGCCUACAGAUCUGAUCUUCUGCCUGAUGCAGUUCGACCACAACGCCGGCCAGACGCGCUCCAACCUGUCGUCUCACUCCACCUACUGCCCGAGCAAGAAGAGCCCGUCCACCCUCUCCAUCCCCUCAUCCGCCCGGCCGGGACGCAGCCGGAGCCGAGACCCGCGCGACAAACAGAAUGUGCCCAGGACGAAUAGAGCAGUUUCAGAUAAAAACUGGUACACAGAUGAACCCGAGAACUGCUUCCCAAGAAACACGCAAAGCAAACACACCAACACACACGCAGCCAAUCAGAUCAAUCAGUACAAAUCCACCAGCAGCAUCAUCCAGCCAAUCAGAGAAGUGGAGGAGGAGCCUUGAGAUGACAUCAUCCACACACAGACUGAAUCCUCGCUGGAAAUCAAUCAGAGAUGGAGCUCAGUGGUUCUCAACUAGUUUUGCUGCUGAAGAUCAAAUGGUGAACCAACACUGUUUAUCAUAAAGAUGAAAUUCUGAUGGUUUCAUGAUUCUAGCAGCCAAUAAUUUGCACAAAACUUAUUUUUGCUGCCAUUUAACCCGUUUUGAAUGUCUUGGAUGUACACGAAAACAUUUCCACUUCAACCUGAAGACUUAAAAUCAGUUGCCUUAAUCUCAUCUAACCUCCAAAAUGAAAUUUAAGUGAAAUUAGUUAAAUGAUUCAGAUCGAUGAGCCAUUGCAGGAUAAUAAAAAAAAAAUCUGAAAUUUAAAGUUUAUUCAAGUAAAAUGAAUUGACUUUGUUUGAAAACUUUUCAGAGUAAUAUUAAUGUUGUUUUAUUAGAAGUUUUUGAGCAAUCGUGAGUUACAAAGUCAAAAUAAUUUAAAUUACAUUUAUUUCAGUGACGUUAAUACUGGAAAUUAUCAGAUAAUAUAUUCUUAUAAAUUCUAUACAAUUAUAUAUUCAGAUGACUUCUAAUCAGUAUUGAUAAUAAUAUAUUUAGCUUUUUUAUCUUAAUUUUAAAUUUCAAUUAAUGAUUUUCAUUUUUUUUAUUAAUCUAAAAGUGGUAAAUGCAUGAUAAUAACAUGGUUAUAUUAAACACUGAUUUCACAUUUGCUCAUUAAUGAGAAGUUUUGGAUCAGAUACAAUAUGGCUUCAGUUAAAAAAUAUGACGUUUUGACUGUUUUAUAAAGCAAUGAUUCUUGUAAUCGCAUACAGAUAUGAAAAUAAGAUUGUAAUGCAUUUUGAUGGGUAAAUAAGGGAAAAAACAUUGCCAUACCUUAUUGAUUAUAUAUAUAUAUAUAUAUAUAUAAAUUUUUUUUUACUGUGUAUUUUUGUUCAUCGUUGAGAGCCACUCAUACAAUCUUGGAUUGUGUGCAUUUCAUUACCUGUAUCAAGCAUUGUUUUCCUUACUGUCCAUGACUUGAAAAGCAUAUUUUCAUAUAAGUCAGAAUAAAUCAGAAUCGCUAAAUAGAGUGUUAUGAAUAUAGAAGAGAUGAGCGUAGAAUGUACUGCACUGUAGAAGACAGAACUCUCCUCUAACUGAGCUAAAUAUGUAUGAAGUUUUCCUAGCCGUUAGCAGACACAUCAUUGGAUUUGCAUUACUCUAUUCUAACUCUACAGCAUGAAGUUGUCAUUAUUGAUGGGAAAUCAGCCAAAGAGCAUCAGUGUUUGGUCUGGUUAGAGGUCACAGGUCGCACAGAGCGGGCGCAGGUCCUCCCUCGGUCCGGCUCGGGAUUGGCGACAGAAUCCGAAACCAAUCCUUCAAACCUAGAAAACAUAAACUACGAUUAUAGCUGGAUCUAAUGGCAGCUUCGCCGUGUUCUCGUACCAAUGAUUAUGCACUGUAGCAAUAAAUAUGCAUCUGUUGUUUUGAUAACUGUGCAUUGUAUUGGGUUUUACAGUACCUCAAUAAUGCAUUGUGAGGUUUAAUCAGCUUCGUGUUACUGAUAUGAGGAUGGAAGUUAAAGUUCAUAGCCUGUAAAAUCUUCAACGUCUUUUGGGAACAAUGAAAUGCAUUCCAGCUUGUGCAGUGUUUCUUCAGCUCUUUGCUUUGAAUCUGAGCUUUUUACUGUUAAUAACUAAGUGCUGUAAAUCAUUUUAUAUGCAUUUAUCUGUUGCCUUGAGCUUCUGUUCACUUCUUCAGUCAUUCCAGUGUUGCAUAUUAAACUGAUCAGGUUUAACGUGUGCUUGAUUUAUAUAUGCGCCGUCACAUGAGCCUUAACAGAGCUGAUCUGAGAUCAGCAGAGCCGGACUCGAGGAAGGACCCGCAAAAGACCCGCUCCAGCGAAAACAGUGGCCGUAAAAUCAAAAACAACAAAAAUCAUGCAACCAAGUUCAAUAUUUAAAGACUGGAUGACUGAAAAGUGGCAUGAAUUUGUUCAAGGUGUUUGAUUAGUACAUGUAUAAUUUUAGUGAUUCACACAAGCAGAAGUAUUUAAAUGAAAAUGUCUUAAGCACUAAGUGCGAAUCAUGUGCUUUAAUAUGUUGAAUGCCAAGAGAAAUGAGAGAUCAUCUUGUGUGCUGCUGGAGUAUUUAACAUGAUAUACAUGCAGAUAUAAAUGCAAUAUAUUAUAAUGUACAAACGGCUGUAAAUAAAGUGUACAUGAUUUUAUUUUGUAUUUUCACAGAAUAAAUAUGGAUGUAUUCGUGUUGGUAA